GUGGGAGUUGGAUCGGAUUCUUCAAGAUGAACACCAACCAGGAAGGAGGCACUGCUACUACCACCACCGGCCCAGCCAGCACAUCCACUCAACCCAGCACAACGACUGCCGAGGCACCGACGGACUCGAGCUGGGUGAGCGUCGUCCCCUUGCCGCCACCGCCAUCGUAUGCCGAAGCUUCCCUAGGAGCCUCAGUCGCCGCACCCUUCUCAAUUCCUCCCUCGCUCCAUCAUCCACAUCCUAAUCAACAUACCAUCGAGACCAGCCAUCGGUUUCCUUCUGGCCUGUUCGUCUUGAGGAAUAGGAGUAGCCUCAAAGUCCUUGAUGUCUCUGGCGCAAGUACUCUUGUCGGUACCCCGGUGAUCGCUUAUAAUCCUAAACGUCCUACCUUGGUGAAUGGCGAUUUACUUCAUAAGGAAAAUAAUCAGCUAUUUUUCUUGGAUUGGCAUGGAUGUCUAUGUUCGGCGAGCGCGGGGUUACGAGUGGACGUUAGUGAGGAGUACGGGCUAAAGCUGACGAAACCGCAGCCGAUCUUAAGCCGACCGACGCGGGCGUCGCAUCCGCCGGCGGAGUUUCGAUACGACCCGAUGACGCGGACGAUCGGGGUGGAGUUCAAGCACGACCCAACCUAUUCGAAUGCGACGAUGGGCGAGAUCCAUAGUGUGGAUUAUCUGCUCGAAGUCCAGCCGAUGUCCUCUGGCUCGACCAGGAAACCCUCCUCGUCGAUCAUCAACAGCCCGUUCCCACUAGAAAAGCUCUCUGAAUGGUUCCCCUUCUCCGCCGCCAAAUCCACCCCCUCUUCUUCCGUCCAAGCCUGCUCUUCUUCAUCGCCCAUCACAGGCCGGAGGUCGAUGAACGGAUCCUCUUUAGAUGAGGGGGAGGAGGAAGAAGAAGAUCCGGACUUGGACGACUCCCCCGAUCCCGCUAGGGUGGUCCGAGUAGUCUCUGUCGCCCCAGGCUGGCGCGAAAAGUUCCCGUCUUCGGGCACGCCCGAGGCACGUAAAUGGGCCAAGCGACAGUGGGAUAUCGCUAGCAUCAUCGUCCAGCCCGCCGGCCCCCCUUCCGCUGAAAGUACCACACUUAGAUCAGAUCAUCCUGAUCCGCCUAUCAGCGUCUUGGCCGACUUGGGCGAAGCCCUGGGUGACCUGGGUCAUGAAAUCUUUCGCGCUUUUGGCGGCUCGACUAAAUGAAAUCCAACAAACCAUUCAUGUAUUGAUUUCUUUUAGCUUAUUUAUCUAUUUAUUUAUUUGGCGAGACUAUUAAUACAUGGUCGUUAUUAUAUAAUCUAUUUCAACCUUUUGUUGUAUUCAAGUAAACACGUUGUGGCCCCCACAUAGAUCUGUGUUAUUAUGUACUCGUUCUAUUGAUAAGUAGUUUUUUUUAAAAAAAAGGAAAAGAUGAUUGCAAGAUGAACAUUACAUUGUAUUGGAUGGAUUACUAUUUACUUUUCUGAAUGCGGAGAGGAUCAGAAAGCUGCUUACGAC